CGUUGAUCCGCUGGCCGGAACAAUAAUCACAUGGGAAGAGGCCGUGCGCCAUCCGCGAAAUUGUGCCAACUCAUUUCCGAUUGGGACAGAGCCGGCGUCGAUCCUGGAGCAAGGGUACCUGGGUGUCCUACUGUACUUUCCUAAUGAAGCUACGUCGCUACGAACACGUCUGCCUUGGUCGCGUCGACCAGGGUCCACUCACGAAUCUCUGUUGUUUUCACUAUACCACUCUACCAGACAACACAUACACACACACACAUAUACACAAUUCUGCUACACACUCGUACGACCCGGCAUCCUUCCAUGGAGCAGACCACCCCGGGGCUACCAUCAGAUGGAGGAGGGGCAGAGAGUGCGCGUCCGACCGCCUUGGCCAUCGACACCAACACCGACCAUGCCACCGAAUUGUCGCAUGCCGUGCGACAGAUGACGGUUGCAAUCGAUGGUCAUGGUUAUGGCCAGAGUCCACGCUCGCCUGCCCCGCCCACGCCGAAUAUGAAGACCACAUCGACACCGACACCGAUGCCUCGAUCGCGACGCACGUCUGCUGCGUCGCCCAACCUGCCACCCCACUCACCCCGCCCACAACCACCUUCGCGCCGCGCCUCGAGUAGCAUGGCCAUGCGCAAGCCGUCCGCGUCUCCAGCGCUCCGCCAAAAGUCGUCCAGGUCGUCUCUCGGUGGUGGUGGUGGUGGUGGUGGUGGUGGACCAGAAGAGCAAGAGAGGCAGGCCACUCCCAAGCGCUCCAUCUCCAACCUCAUCACGGGCCUGAGAGAAGCCCAGGGCCGGAUGGAGUCCAUCGAGGAGCCCAUCCCCCUCACUGCUGCUCAGCUGGCCACUGCACACUUUACGAGGGAGCUGCUGGGGCAUGGCGAUGCCGACCUGCAGUCCGAUGUCGUCGUCAUCCUCCACGACGCAUGCUACGGACAUCGUUGGUCACGCUUAAAGACCAGUAAGGGCCAGCUCUCGCUGAUUGUAGAGCGACCAGAGCGCAUACAUGCCAGUGUGCUGGGAGCAUCCACAGCAUAUGUCAGGCUCGGCGGCCAUCACGCAGGCGCCAAGCAUGCUCCACAUCCCGAUCGCAACCCAGACGCGCAGCCGCCAUUCAAGAUUCGGCGUACAGCGCGAACUAUCGACCUCACUUCGGCAUAUGUGACUGCGGUACAUGGGACGCAGUGGAUGACGGAACUGCAAGGCAUGUGCCAUGCUGCGCAGGAGAGGCUUGCCGCCGGAAUCAAGGAAGUCAGUAGGGACUCGGACAAGACACAAUUGCAUCCAGGCGACCUCUAUCUGGCUCCCGCUUCUUUGGACGCAUUCCAAGGCGCCCUGGGCGGUGUCGCUGACGCUGUCGAUGCCGUCUUCACACCGGGCUCGACCACCUCCAAAUCCUUUGUUGCCGUUCGUCCACCGGGCCACCAUUGCUCUGCCGAUCAUCCGAGCGGCUUCUGCUGGUUGAACAAUGUACACGUGGGCAUUGAAUAUGCCGCGCAGACCUAUGGCAUGACGCACGCGGCCAUCUUCGACUUCGACUUGCACCAUGGGGAUGGGAGUCAGGCCAUCGCGUGGGAGAGGAACAGCAAGAACAACGAGAAGAGACAGAACGCCAAAGCGAAUAGCAAGCUGAAGCUCAGUCCGGACAUUGGGUACUACAGCCUGCAUGACAUCAACAGUUACCCGUGCGAGUAUGGUGACGACGCCAAGGUCCAAGCCGCCAGUUUGUGUGUGGAAAAUGCACAUAGCCAGUCCAUCUGGAAUGUCCAUCUCCAGCCGUGGAAAACGGAGGAUGAUUUCUGGAAGCUCUAUGAAGACCGCUACCGCAUCCUGCUCGACAAAGCCCGAGUCUUUCUCACCUAUCAUACCGAUCGUGUGCGCACAGAAGGCAGAGUCCUCCCCAAAGCCGCCAUCUUCAUCUCUGCCGGCUUUGAUGCGAGCGAAUGGGAAGGUGAAGGCAUGCAGCGGCACAAGGUGAAUGUGCCCACCGAGUUUUAUGCUCGCUUCACAGAAGAUAUCGUCAAGCUAUCGCGUGAGGUGUCCGGCUGUGACGGUCGUGUCAUCAGUGUACUCGAAGGUGGUUAUAGUGACCGGGCACUGUGCAGCGGUGUGUUGAGCCAUUUGUCUGGGCUGUGUGCCACGUCUGUCACUACACAGAGCGACGAUGGAUUCGACCAUCUCAUGAGCUUGAGCAACAAGAUGAACGGACUCUCCAUGACUGGUGUCAAUUCUCAUCUUCGCUACGACAAGUCGUGGUGGUCCAGCGCGAAUCUCACCGCGCUCGAGCACAAGAUCAACCCUCCUCCGCCGCCGCAGGUCAAGAAACAUCGCGUGGGACCGCAACCAACGUAUGCCACACCCACCGAGUCUUUUGCUUACAAAGUCGUCGACACCAACAAGUUUGCGCGCUCGAUUUCUGGUACAUUGCGCGAUGUGCCCCGACCUGAGCGUGCGCCUACUCCACCACUUCCCGAAGUGGACUGGGUUGUUGCUACUCAGGAGCUAUCCCAUCUGCUCAUUCCACAUGAUCGGCAGACCAAGAGCUGCACUGCAGACGAGCUCGUCAUGCCACGCACCAAGAAAGAUGCCAUGCCACCACCGCCACCGCCGCCGCACGAUGCUUCACAGCCUCGACAGCUACGAGAUCGUCGAGCCAAGACACCUGCCUACGCGGAAAGUGCUUACAGCGACGAGAGCUCCAGAAGUAUCAGUCGCAACGAGAGUAGAGCCAGCAGGCGAGAGACCAUUGACAUCUUGCCGACUCGUGAUGUCGCUGCACCGCAGCAGAGGCGCUUGAGCCGGCGGUUGAGUGCAGGCAGCGCAUCGAGUAUCACAAACAGUGACGCUGGAAAAGAUCGGCCACCGAUGCCUUCCGUGCCAGGAGUGACCAACGGUAAUGUCAAUGUGAAUGGCAGCAUGAAUGGCAGCAUGAAGCCGCCUCCGAUUCCGGCGCCGAGUGCACAAGUUGGCACGAAGAAGGUACGAGCACCAGUGAAGGCUGCACGCACUGCAGCUGCCACUGCGCCCAGUUCACCUGCGGGCAAGACGAGUUCUGCACCUCGACCCCCUGCCACCGGAAGCGUCGCCUCCGAACAGUCUUCGGAUGUGGACUCACUGACAAGUGGGCUGAGAAAGAUCACACUCAAGGCACCAGCGUCGAAGGAAGAGCACGAUCGCAAGCAGAUGGAGAAGCUCAAUGCCGAGCGUCGAGCACGAGCAUUGAAAGGAGCAGAGACCAGAAGAGUCAAUGCCGCUGCGAAGAAAGCAGCCCAAUCCGCCAGUGCGACUGCGAACGCCUCGACAACCAUCACACCAUCUCCUGCUCACGAUCAGGGCACACUUACGACCGCACUUCCUGCUGGUACGACAGCCGCCUCGACUCGACCAGGGGUGGCAGUAUCCGAAGCGGCUACGUGGCAGAAUGUAGCCCAACCUGAGGAGCCAUUCCACAUCACGUCGAAGGAGAACGUUGCACCCCUACAGCCAUUCGAAGCAAUGUCUGGCGCUGACCCCACGUCUUCGAUAGAAAUUGGGCCAUCAGCUGCUUCUGCUGUGGCGGGCUCGGACUCUUCUCACGAAUCAUCACAGCUCCUAGUGCCCCAAGCUGAGCCCUAUGUGAGUGGGACGCCGCUGGAGCAGACACGAGAUAUGAACACUCAACCCAACGGAGCAGAGGAGCCCCCCAUGUCCACCGUCGUCGCAAGUCCUCCGUUACCACCGGCUAAGAUGAGUGCAGACCAAUCACUCGUGCGAGUCCCUCCCUCCCAACCGAGCCGGCCCAGUCAGCUACCUGUGUUUAGCAGUACGGGACAUAUCCCUUUUGCAAAGGCUUCUAUCACUCCACCGGGAGAGCAGGAGAUGAAGGGUGCCUGAUGAUGAGAUGAUGAGAUGAGAUCGAUACUCAUGCGAACGGGCUUGUACUGGGGCUUGUUUCCCUUUUGUUUUGUGCUUGGGAGGGAGUUGUUGUUGUUGUUUCCUUGAAUGAGAUACCC